CAGGCGGGCCCGCUCCGCCCUUCUGCUCGGCCCGGCGCGGCCUAGUGCCCCGGCCCGGACCCGCGCCGCCGCCCCCCGGCCCGGCCCGUCGCGGCCUAGCGCCCUACAGCGGGCCCGCGCCCCUCCCCGGCCCAGGCCACAGGGGCGGGCCAUGCCCUGCGCCGCUCGGCCAGGCGCAGGCGCCGCCGCUGCCGGCCCGCCCGCCCGGGGACGGCGGCUCCAUGCGCUGCCAGGUAGUGGUGCUGUAUUUUGCUAGGAGUGCCGAGCUGGCGGGGCUGCGCUCCGAGACCGUUUCUGUGCCACGGCAGAUAACCUCGCUGCAGCUCUGGGAGGAAAUUGUUAAGAUUCAUCCAAGGCUUGCUGUCAUCCGGGAUCAAGUGGUUUUUGCUGUUCAGCAGGAGUACGUGCUUCUUGGAGAUCAGCUCCUGGUCCUGCACCCAGGAGACGAGGUUGCCAUCAUCCCACCAAUUAGCGGAGGCUGAAUCAGUCCAAAUUCUUUUUUUGUCCAGAGAUGUGAAGUGCAUUUCCCCCUCUCGCCCCCACUCUUUUGAGAGAGUUUAACUUGUGCUUCCUGCUGGAGAGAACCAUAGUGUUGACCAGAAACUAUAAGCUGCUGCACAAAUAAAUGAUUAACA